AUGGAGAUGAAAGAAACGAUUGCGGAUAUAGACUUCAAGAUUUCAAUAAUGACCAAUCCAACAAAAGCAGCAAGCAGCAGUGACAAGGAGCAGCCAACAGCAACCAGAGCAAGGAAGAAUAACGAUGAAAAAAAUAAAACCAAGUUUUUAGCAUUGGCAAGAACAAAGCAAACAACGAGAAAAUCCACCGAAGGAAAGGCACCAAGGAAGCAAUUGGCCACCAAAGUUGCAAGGAAAUCAGCACCGGCUACCGGAGGAGUGAAGAAGCCUCACCGUUUCCGUCCAGGAACAGUGGCUCUUCGUGAGAUCCGUAAGUACCAGAAGAGCACAAAGCUUUUGAUCCGAAAGCUACCUUUUCAAAGACUGGUUAGAGAGAUUGCACAGGAUUUCAAGACAGAUUUGAGAUUCCAGAGCAGUGUUGUAGCUGCACUUCAGGAGGCGGCUGAGGCGUAUUUGGUGGGUCUCUUUGAGGAUACUAAUUUGUGUGCAAUUCAUGCUAAAAGAGUCACGAUUAUGCCAAAGGAUAUGCAAUUAGCUAGACGUAUUAGGGGUGAAAGGGCUUAAAAUGUAGUACUUAGUUCUGUUUUCUGGUUUUGUGUAACUAGUUGGUUUAGUGUGUUUUUGCUUGAAAUGAAAAUGAAAAAUUCAUCUUAA